AUGGAUUUCCACGUGCCCUCGUCAAUCUCUAUUAUCGCUUUCUUCUACGCCAACGACCUCCCCAUGGAUGCUUCAUCAUUGGACGGACGAGGUAGAACGAUAGCGACAAUCGAUGAUUGGAGAAUAGGGAUUUGGCUUUAUGAGCUGGUGGUGAUGCCGAUUCUAGGUUUAGGGCAUAGGUGUGAUUUGGCCAAUCAAUCCAUCGACGGAAGACGAGUUCGGUGGUGA